CUUCAGUUUGUGGAACAAUGGAAGAAUCUCAUAUAGAAGAAGAAGGAGAAAGGCAGACCAAACACGAGGUCGCUCCUGCAUUGAUAUCCGUUCAUCCAUUUCAGAAGUCUGUCGCUGUCACUGUCGGGUCGGCUCUUCGUGUAUUCGAUCUUAUAGAGGGCCGUCCAGUUAGUUUGGUGGAUGAAUCUGAUGAACCUUCUCACAAGGAUUCCAUUAGAGCUAUUCGAUAUGGUUCAAGUGGGAAGAUUUUUGCAUCUGCAGGCGAUGACAAGCUCGUUAAGAUUUGGUCUGCUGAUUCUUGGCAGUGUCUUAACACCAUAUCUUCUGAAAAGAGAGUUACCGCGGUUGCCAUAAGCAGCGACGAUUCAUAUGUUUGCUAUGCGGACAAGUUUGGUGUUGUGUGGGUGGUAAACCUGGAUGGGAUCAAUGAGGGUAAAGUUUUACCUAGCAAAAAGGGUGUGCAGCUGCUUUGCCAUUAUUGUAGCAUUAUUACAAGCUUGGAGUUUUCCCCAGAUGGUCGAUAUAUUCUUAGUGCAGAUCGAGACUUUAAGAUCAGGGUGACUGUUUUUCCUAAGAAGCCUCUACAAGGGGCUCAUGAAAUACAGAGCUUUUGUCUUGGACAUACAGAGUUCGUCACCUGCAUAACCUUUGUUCAGAAUUCAGAGCUUACUCAAGGAUACCUCAUGUCUGGAAGUGGAGAUUCCAGUGUUCGACUGUGGGAUAUUACAUCUGGGUCUCUUCUGGACACAUGUGACGUUAGUCCAACGGUAAAACAUUUAGAGUCUAAUGAAAGUGAGCCAACGCAAGUCACAGUUACCGAUAUGUGCGCACUCCCAAAUUCUUCUCUUGCAGCAGUGUCUAUUCAAAGUUUUCAAGGAAUAGUAUUGCUACACUGUGAUUUAUCAGCCCAUACUCUCUCCAUUACAAAGGUGAUUAAAAUCCCUGGAGAUAGUUUCAUCCCCACAAGUAUCUCCUUUAGCACAUCAACAAGGUUACUAUGGAUGGUAUCAGGAGCCUCGAAUGGUUCAAACCAUCCUGGUUAUACAAGGGUUCGUCUCAUCUCGCGCAUUGAAGCUGAACCAUCUUCAGUCCUUGAAGACGAGCAGGUUCCUGGAGGGACAACACUGUUGGAGCAUUUGCAAGGUAAAGUUUCGAUAGAAGAGAGUGUGAUGAGUGCUGCAGCAGAAGCUGUGAGGGCAGCAAUGUGCAGCCUUAUGGUGAAGAAGCAAUACUCUGAAGAGAAUAGAGAGUUCAGGAAAAACAACAGAAAUGAUAAGAAACCCACACAGUGAUUGCAAUUUGCUGAACUUUUUUUCUGGCUUAUGAUUAAUGUUUUGUUUUGUGAUUUUUUCAUCAUUGUAACUCUUUUGUUUGUUGGCGCAACGAUAUUCAAUCGAAAAUGCAAAUUAAAACGUUGUUCUCACA